UGCCCCUCUCACCAGUGCUCCCCGUAAGGCCUGAUGCAGCCCAGGGAGAUGUAGCCGGAGGAAAUCCAUCCUGUCUGUCUCUGUCUGUGUGUCCAAAAAGCUGACAAAUGACCGUCCCCACCCACCGAGACAAGCCAGUCUUCCCCGGGGGCCCAAGACACUUCCUCUUCCCCUGUGUCUCCCUGACGCAUCCCCCGUCCAGGCCCUGCCCACCCUCUGCAAUGCCCGCAGCAGCUUCCAGCCCUGGCUGGGAAAUGGGUAUGCAUCACACGGGGGACUCAGGUGCAUAUUUGGAGCUGAAGGGCAAGCAGGGAGGCCAUAAAGAACAACAUGGGAGCAGGAGACCUCAGAAUUGGGGAGGGGGAAGGGGGCGUGUGGCAACUGCAGCUCAAGUGACUCAGGUCUUGUAUUCACACCUCAGCCAUUUCCGGCUCCCCCCAAGCCACAGCCACUCUGUGAGAGGAAGCUGGGUUUUGUGGUUCCUGUUUUGCCUAGGGACAAGGAGUAGGAGUGAAGAGGGGCUGGUAAGAGCUUUGGCUUCUCAUUUCAGGGUCAUUAAUGCUUCCUCAAGGGGAAGAAGCGGCUGGAUUGGUGGCUCCAGGGCCCACUGGCUCAUCCGUAGUCGCUGUUCUUGCAAAACAAAACUUGGCUAAGCUUUGUAUUGUGGUUAUUUGUGUCUACCUCCCACCCUCCUGUGAGUUCCUUGAAGGCAGAGGCCACGUAUGACAUGUUGCUGAGUUUGUCAGGUCCCACAUGGGUAGUAGGACACCAUUUUUCAUUGGUUGAGUAACCUGGGAAGCAGACCAAAGGGGGCACAUUUCAAACAGCAGUCUGAGGACUUGGUGGUGAGAAAGAGCUGGUAGAGGUGGGCACCAGCUGGUGGAAGCCCAUAGAAGAGAUUAGCAGAGGAAGGACUCAAUGAAGAAAAUUCAGGAUGCUGCUUUACCACCUAGAGGAAGUUUUAAACCAGCGGUUCCAGGGUUCUCCUGGCCUCUCUCUGUCCCUCGCCCCGAGGCUGGGAAAACCCGAAGCCAAGGCAGAGAGAGGACCCGGAAGUUGUGGUGACCUCCAAGCACGUGAUGAGAGGGCCCGCUGGCGCUGUCACGUGACCCGUCAACCUGCGGUACCUCGGGGCCGAACUUGCAGCUUCUCUUAAAGACGAGAAGCCGGAGCUGGGACCUGCAGUGGGGCGUUGAUCCUUCCCAUCUGUCGCAGACCCUCACCCGCCCGGUCGGAGCCAAUUCUGGACCCUCGCUGACUUUGAACCCUUCGCGGGGUCUGAAUUUGAUGCAAUGGGAGGCUGUGCGGGCUCGCGGUGGCGCCUUUUGGAUUCCGAGGGGGAGGAUGCCGCCCCAGAACCUCGGCCCCCUUUGUCGGACCGUCAGGGCGCCCUUUGGAAGAACGUGGUGGGUUUCUGGCUCCUGGGCCUUUGCAACAACUUCUCUUAUGUGGUGAUGCUCAGCGCGGCCCAUGACAUCCUUAGCCACCAGAGGGCAUCUGGGAACCAGAGCCAUGUGGACCCAGACCCACCGCCCAUCCCCCACAAUAGCUCAUCUCGAUUUGACUGCAACUCUGUCUCCACGGCUGCAGUGCUUCUGGCAGAUAUCCUCCCCACCCUCGUCAUCAAAUUACUGGCUCCUCUCGGUCUCCAUCUCCUGCCCUACAGCCCCCGGGUUCUUGUCAGUGGGAUUUGUGCCGCUGGAAGCUUCGUCCUGGUUGCCUUCUCUCAUUCAGUGGGGACCAGCCUGUGUGGUGUGGUCUUGGCUAGCAUCUCGUCAGGUCUGGGGGAAAUCACCUUCCUCUCGCUUACUGCCUUCUACCCCAGGGCUGUGAUCUCCUGGUGGUCCUCAGGAACGGGGGCAGCAGGGCUGCUGGGAGCAUUGUCCUAUCUGGGCCUCACCCAGGCUGGCCUCUCCCCACAGCACACCCUGCUGUCCAUGCUGGGUAUCCCCGCCCUGCUGCUGGCCAGCUAUUUCUUUUUGCUCACACCUCCCGAGCCCCAGGACCCUGGAGGGGAAGAAGACGCAGAGACAUCAGCACGGCAGCCCCUGAUAGGCAGCGAGGCCCCAGGGUCGAAGCCAGACUCCAGCCCAAACCUCUCCCUUCAGGAAAAGUGGACCGUGUUCAAGGGCCUGCUGCGGUACAUCGUCCCGUUGGUCCUGGUUUACUUUGCGGAGUAUUUCAUCAAUCAGGGGCUUUUUGAGCUCCUGUUCUUCCGGAACACAUCCCUGAGUCACGCUCAGCAGUAUCGCUGGUACCAGAUGCUCUACCAGGCUGGCGUCUUUGUUUCCCGCUCUUCUCUCCGUUGCUGUCGCAUCCCUUUCACGUGGGUCCUGGCCCUGCUGCAGGUACCGAGCCCAGCCCUCCCUCCGUUCCCACCUUGGCUCCCAGCUUCCCACACCCCAGGCUUCCUUCCCUCAGCAGAAGAUGUUCGUUGCUAGUCGUCAGGUUCUGAGCCCAGGGAACAGAAGGCCAGCAGGGCUCUGGCUCCAUGUAAAAUGUGUGGCCUCGGGAGCCUGGCAAAGCUGACUGCAAAUCCCAGCUUCUGUUCUCUGUAGCUGUGUGACUUAGGGCAGGUCCCUGAACCAGCCUGAGCCAACAUUUCCUCAUCUAUGAAUCAGGCGUGGCCAACAUCUACUUCUCAGGGUAGCUGUAACAAAUACAGAUGAGAAGAAGUGUUUUAAUCCACUGGAAGCACUUAAUGAUUAUUCCCACAAGCCUCGUGCGGAGACACAGGCUUUCAAAUAACAUUUGCAUGGGUUAAAAAAAAAAAAAGUACUGUCUUUUUAUUCUGGAUGGUUCAUUACGAUAAAAUCAGCGAUGUUGUAGCCAGCAGGUUAUUUACCACAAGGCUGGUGAGCAAAUUGAACUUCCUGUGGCCGAAGCAUUACAGCGUUAAGUGAACACACACCGUUCUCGCCCGCGGUCUAACCAAACUAGCCUCACAUGACCAGCGUUCAUUGUUUCAAGGUCAUGAGUCUAUGGCCCCUGAAGGUAGCUGUCAAAAUUAACCUCCUGUUAGUUCAGGAAAGUCCUUUUUUAAUAAACUGAGGCCAAUUCUAGGAUAACAAGAUAUAGACCAAGUAUGGGUUGCACGGGAGUGUCAUGGGGGCGCCCUGUGCCUGUCCUCCAGCAUUCUCCCUUCUUUGAGCAGUACUGCUAGUCCAGGGCCUUGUACCCCAGAAGCCCCAAGUCGUUGUGUCAACAAUUCUGAACUCGGGGUUCUUCGUUAGAUGCCACUGAAAUGGGUAGCUUAGGAUUUUAGCUGUAGUUUUAACCAAGGCUGGUCUGUAGAAUUGGCGGCUUGUAAUCACUGAGUUCCAUUACAGAAGUGGCCUCACGCUACAGACUAAAGCGCUGACAGGGUGUCGCCAGUCACGUUAGCAUCACGGGGAUGUGUUCCUUUUUUUUUUUUUUUUAAGAUUUUAUUUAUUU